AUGUCUUCCCCGCACAAUCCACCCAGAAAUUACUGGGGGUUCAUGAUUAGAGCAGACAAAAGUGCCACUCCUCUAUUUGAACAGCUCUGUCUGGGGAUUGCGAAAUUCAUAACAGAUAAAUGUCAGUCAAAUACGGAAGAUUUGACGCCAGAGAAUCUGGCCUACUUUUACCGCGAAGUCGGAGGCAAUUACGAUAAUGUCUUUCUACAUACCCCUCACAGCUCUCUAUCAUUUAUAUACCAAUCGUUAGGGUGUUUUCAUACACUCCAGCCAACGGAAGACCCAUUCAAAUCACCGUGCAUCCCUGCCCUGCGUCCCCAUGGCUUUAUCCGCUGGCAGACGAUCCAGCUACUUCUAUGCCCAGACGAGCAUGUCAGAUUCCUUCAGAAAGCAGUCAAGAAAUUUGAUAUCAUCAACCCUUCUGGCGGAUGUAUAUUUCCAAAGGUUAUUCCGAGGGAUUCCUUCCCAGCGGAACCCGACCCGGAAAUGGUCAAGUGGCAUGAAACCGUCAGCCAGAAAUUGGAAGACGAUUACAGAGCUAGGAAGCAAAAGAGCUCUUCACAUCGCCCGGGCUUAUCUGAUCGGGUUUCGUCCGAUUCUAGAGCAGGUUCCAAGUCUCUCGAUGGUUCUGUUCCGGAUGAAAAUCCCGGCUACUUCGCUUCCCGCAAGCAAAUCACCAGUAAACGGCCAGGCGAUUACUCAAGGACAACGUCGCAGGAACCUAGUUCUCCUUACAAUGCGCGCCCUCAUAAACGCGUUGUACCAGAAUUCACAUCUCCGCUGUCCACAGAGCCAGAAUUGAGGCAUGACGACAUCGAAGAAGAAGAAGAUCUCAUUCCCAUAUAUGGUCCCAAGAUUCCACACAGUAAGCCAACUUCACGCCAUCGGCACUCUCGCCAUGAGAUUCUCCCUUCAGUACCUCCACGACGACGACUCUCACGGGCUCCAUCGAAGUCAUCGUUGUUGUCCGAGGAAUCCGAGGAACCCGUCCGUCGAUCUAGAGCACGAAAAGCCCCCGGACAAGGCGUGGACUAUGAGAAAAUUUUCCCAUCCCGCUCCUCUCACGCCCGACGGCACUCCCACGACGCCGCAUACACCACAAGGAAAGGAUGGAACUACUCCCCCCCACCCCGCCGUCUCCAACGUGAAGAACCCCUCUCACCAGAACCAACCCAAACACAUGACUUCUACCCCUACGUCCACAAGGCCGCCGACUUCCGUACCUACCACGACGACGCCCGCCGCAUGUCCCUCCAACAAACAAACGUAACCUCAACCCGCAAACUAAAAUUCCCACUCCCCACCGCACCGCACCCCGGCAUCAAAUUCCGCGAAUACAUCUUCAACGACGAUACAUACGCCGCCAACUCCGCACCCACUUCCCCUGUCCACCACCACGGCCCCCAUCUCUACCGCACCACCACCACCACCAACUCCUCUCGCGGCCCGACACACAGCAUAAGCAACAACUACCGCCAGUACGCAUCCAGAAUCGACCCAGAAUCUCUUGUCCCUGUUGGUUCGCAUUCGAGCAGACGGAAGGCCAGCGCUAGCGCGAACGAUGAGAGUCCUAGUGACAAUAGCAUGGAACGAGCUCGCGCGAUGAGCAUGGGCGCGAAACAGCUGUCGCAUCUGCGCAUCGAUCAGACUAUGGGACCGAUGAUGCCGAUGAUGCCGAUGAUGUAUGUGACGCCGCCACCACCGCCUGUGAAUGGGGUUGGGGCGCCUGUUGAUUUUGAGCAGAUGGGGGAUGGGAGAGGGAGGCAUGGGAGGAGGGGUUAUUAG